GUCAUCGCGGAGCUAUCCAUCGACGUUCCAUAUCCGUUAUUUCCAUCAGCUGUCUUAAAGACAUCUGAUUGGAUUUACCUCAACCUCUGCUUCGUAUACACAAGAUAUAGACAACAGCAACUGCAAGAGAAGGAAGCUUGGAACGGUCUUUUCUUUGAGCACGCGCCAUUUUCUUCAAAGGACACACCCAGCUUCGCAUUACCUGGCCAACGCCGCAAACUACUGUUGGAGCUACUUCUCAACGCGUACGGCUCCUGGUAUCUCUUAGGAACCUGUGUCUUGACGCGACAGACCGUGACUGAGACAAAAGAGAAGGAUUUACUGAGGCUUGAGCGUGCGCAUACGUCAUAGGCAAAAUGUUCCCUCCAACCCAGGGCCUGCGGCUGGAUAUCGACGCGAUCAGUCAGAUCUUUGGAUCGAUCAGUAUUGCUUGUUGGAUAGUCGUGUUUUCACCUCAAAUCAUCGAAAAUUGGAGAAGAAGCUCUGCAGAAGGCCUUUCUGUUGUCUUCAUCAUAAUAUGGCUUCUCGGUGACUUCUUCAACAUCUUCGGCGCCGUCCUACAAGGCGUGCUACCUACAAUGACCAUCCUAGCCGUGUACUACACCCUUGCCGACAUUGUCCUACUGCUUCAAUGCUUCUGGUACAAGGGAUUCACCCUUCGCGACGUCGUCAACAAGCCCGGAGACGAGUCAAACGAGACUGGUUCGCCCGUAAGCGAAGACGAGCCGCUCCUCUCUGACCGCCACCAAACAAACGGAGCCUCAUACGCCAGCAUCGUAGCCAAUGGCCACUCCAACGGCAACGGCAAUGGCAUGCCACCCCGGAUCUCGAACGCAGAUAGGCGCCACUCGAACCACUCCCAGUCCUCUUUCCGCGAGCGUUUCCUCUCGAUUGACGGAACGCAUCUCUCCCCCGCCACACCGCUCCACGGCGAUGCCAACGGCGAAGUCCGCGUUGAGACGCGCUCGCAAACCCAGACCACUGUGCAAAUGAUCCUCUUCAACCUUGGCACCAUCCUCCUUGUCAUGGCCGCUGGCGUCUUCGGCUGGUGGCUCAGCGCAACGCAAACCACACCUUCUGACGAUACACCUGCCGACUCUCCGGACUCGAAACCCGAUUUCAAUCUCUGGGGCCAGAUUUUUGGAUACAUUUGUGCUGCCCUGUACCUCGGAUCGCGCAUCCCGCAGCUGUUGCUCAACUACCGCCGCAAGUCUACGGACGGCAUUUCGAUGCUGUUCUUCCUCUUUGCUUGUCUCGGUAACCUGACAUACGUUCUGAGUAUCGUGGUGUACAAGCCGAGGUGCCAGCAUCAUCACUGCAGAGAUGGCGAAGCGGUGGCUAUCUAUAGACGUUACAUUGCAGUCAACUUUUCUUGGUUGUUGGGCAGCUUUGGUACGCUGAUUCUGGAUGCGUGUGUGUUUGUGCAGUACUUCUUGUACAAGAAGGAUGAGGAUGAUAGUGAGUCGGAGGACGAGUGAGGAGUCGGUCGGAGCGUGGGUGGAGCGAGAAGGUGUACAAUACCCAAAAGUUGUUGUGAUAACAUGUUAUGUAGCUAUUGUACAUAUUCUUGACAAGAAGAUCGUCAUUCG